AUGGACCUUACGCAGCAAGUUCAGGUGCUUGUCGCGGAUCGCGCUGGCCUUCCCCCGCUGGGCAAGGGCUUUCCUUGGUGGGAUUAUCUUCAUCGAUGGAUGAAGGACCCCGUGUCUGGGAACAAGAUUCUUUCUGGGUUUCCAUGGUCAGAGAAAUUCACCAACGAGGUCAACUCGCGAGAAGGUGGACGAUACGUCAAAAGACUUCAAGAUGUGUUUGACAAGGAUUUUGAUCGAUCACUUCUGCCGGUGGAUGAGAGUACCCGCACGAUCAAUGGUGUUUACACCAACCUGUGGUGUCCUGCCAACGUUCGAGGCUGGGUUGAAAGCGCCGAGUCAAGCGAUCAGUGA